AUUUGAACUCAAUCCUAGAUGACCACAGCAAAAAUGGCGAAGAACUCCAUCACUAGAUUGCCCAUUAUGCUCGUUCUCUUCCUAGUCGCCUUUAUCUAUCUCGGCACCUUGAUUCCCUUCUCCGAGAAUAUUAUUGCAUUCCAAAAACAAAAACUUGAUCCACCGCCUGUAAGAGAUAAUCAUCAGCCGCGGCUCGAAGAAGCUUUGAGAAAGGCGAAAAUGGCGGAUUCGAAGACAGUGAUCAUCACCAUAAUCAACAAGGCAUACGUGGAGCCCAUCAAUGAUGAAAACCCUUCGAUGUUGGAUCUUUUCCUUGAGGGGUUCUGGGAGGGAGAAGGGACUAGGCAGUUGCUCGAUCACUUGCUGGUGGUUGCCAUGGAUGGCGCCGCCUACGACCGGUGCGUUUUCCGGCGGUUGCAUUGCUAUGGGUUGAUCACAGACGGAGGCGUUGACUUCUCCGGCGAGAAGCUUUUCCUGUCUAAAGAGUUUAUCGAUAUGAUGUGGAGACGCACUCUCUUUCUCUUGGAUGUUCUUAAACUUGGUUACAACUUCAUCUUCACGGACACAGACAUAAUCUGGUUAAGGAACCCAUUCACGAGGCUGAGCAGCAAUACAUCAGAGGACUUGCAAAUUAGUACAGACAUAUUCACCGGGGACCCCUGGUCAACCUCCAACCCAAUCAACACCGGCUUCUAUUACGUCCGGUCAAACCCUAAAACCAUCACACUGUUCCAGACCUGGUACGACUCCAGAAACAGCUACCCCUCCAACAUGAAAGAGCAAGACAUCCUUGCCCUAAUGAAAAGAGCUGGGGUGUUCAAACAGAUGGGCCUUCUCGUAAGGUACUUGGAUGUCACGUACUUCAGUGGAUUCUGCACCGAUAGUAAGGAUGUCACUGUCGUCGUCACCGUGCACGCUAAUUGCUGCAAAGGCAUUGCCGCUAAAGUUGUCGAUCUCAAACAUGUUCUGAGAGACUGGAAGAAUUACCGCAGGGGCCGUCACGUAAUUGUGCCGCCCAAUUAUAGCCACAGUGACAAUAACAGUGACAAUAACAAUAACAAUAACAAUCAUUUCAGAUGGUCUGAACACUACUAUUGCAAUCAUUCUUGGGGGCCUAGUAAAAAUACUUUGGUUUAGUUCUUUACGCUUAAAUUCCGCAACCAAUAUAUAUACUCAAAUUUAUGUCCAAACAAAAUGCGUAUAUAAUGUUGUGUCCCGGCGGCCG